AAUGUUUGUAUUUUUUUCUCCAUAGUACUUUGACAAGUUGAGCAAGAUUUCCAGCCAUGUGUUCCUUCAGACUACCGUCCAUCAAGAUGAAAACGACUAAAUGGAGAAAAUCGCUAUGUUACUUCGGAAAACAUAUACAAAGGUUGCUUUCUGAGAGAUCUGUACAGUGAGUACAUCAUGUACGGCAACCAUACGCUCCACUGGUGAUUACUCUUUUAGUAGUUUUCUUCUUGUGAACUUUGAUUACUCUUUUAGUUUUACUACUCCACAACCAUGAUGAAAGUAAUUGUUCCUGCGAUUUGUGAGUUGCCAUUUCCCUCUCCUCGCCGUGCUUAUUUCAACACCUGCACCCAUCACUAUCCAAACCCUCACGUUUCUCUCGCGUCCCCUCGUCCCAGCUCCCAAAGCAAGCAACGACCAACCAAGCAGAAAGAGACAGUCCGAAGCAGGAGCCGGCCAUCCAUUGACCUACUAACUACGCAAUCCAAUCCAAAUCCCGUACCCUGAACCAGAAGCAGCCGCGUCUUCUUCCUCCCAACCCCAUGUGGGGGAGGCUCAGCUAGGUGGCUUUGCCCAGGUGAGCAGGAAACGACCCGUCCCGUGAAGAGAGCUUCGUGUCUUUCAUUUCAACUUCCCUUGGGUUGGUUUUGGACUUUGAAGAAGGUUGAGCAAUUGGUUGGUCGGUUGUUGGCUUGAAAGAUCUUGCGGUUUCUGUCUGCCUGAUCGUCUCCAUGGGUGUAUGUUCUGGUCCUGGUGGCUUCCUUUCGUCGACCGUCCUUGUUUAGAUUGAGCAGGAGGGUCAAAGCAGAAGAAGCGCGAUGCAGUGCUUCCGGUUCGCGAGCUGGGAGAAGGAGCGGGACAAGGAGGAACUGCAGGUGCCUGCACGGUCUCAGUCGGCGCGUUCCAACAGCAGCAUCUCCACGGACCAUGACGCGCGGCGCUCGGGCUCAGAGUGCUGCUCGCUCACCGUCUCGUCGGAGAUCAGCGUCGAGUCCUUCGGCCGGUACCGGCAGUUGUCGCUGCCGCAGCGGCCCAACAAUGACCUCCGCAUCUUCACCUUCCAGGAGCUCAAGAGCGCCACCCGGAGCUUCAGCCGUGCACUCAUGAUCGGCGAGGGCGGUUUUGGCUGCGUCUACCGCGGCACCAUCCGGAGCACCCUCGAGCCGCGCCGAAGCCUUGAUGUUGCUAUCAAGCAGCUCGGACGCAAAGGCCUCCAGGGACAUAAGGAAUGGGUGACCGAGGUGAACUUUCUUGGGGUGGUGGAUCAUCCCAACCUGGUGAAGCUCAUCGGCUACUGCGCAGAGGACGACGAGAGGGGGAUUCAGUUGCUGCUCGUCUACGAGUUCAUGCCUCACGGAAGCCUAGCUGAUCACCUGUCAACAAGAUCACCAAAGCCUGCUUCAUGGGCAAUGAGGCUGAGAGUAGCACUCGACACUGCUCGUGGUCUCAAGUACCUGCACGAAGAUUCUGAAUUCAAGAUAAUAUUCCGUGAUCUGAAGCCUUCAAACAUCCUGCUCGACGAGAACUGGAAUGCAAAACUGUCGGACUUCGGCUUGGCUAGACUGGGGCCGCAAGAGGGAAGCCAUGUUUCAACAGCGGUGGUGGGUACUAUAGGGUAUGCAGCUCCUGAGUAUAUCCAUACAGGACGCCUCAGCAGUAAGAAUGACAUAUGGAGCUAUGGAGUGGUUCUCUACGAGCUCCUCACAGGCCGGCGGCCUCUGGACCGGAACAGGCCGAGGGGUGAGCAGAACCUUGUGGAAUGGGUGAAGCCCUACUCCUCCGACACCAAGAAGUUGGAGACCAUAAUGGACCCAAGGCUUGAAGGGAACUACAGCCUGAAGUCGGCAGCCAGGAUUGCCUCGCUGGCAAACAAGUGCCUGGUGCGCCAUGCAAGGUAUAGACCUAAGAUGAGUGAGGUGCUGGAGAUGGUGCAGAAGAUUGUCGAUAGCAGUGACCUUGGAACACCAGAGCAUCCCCUGAUAAGCCAUUCAAAAGAACUGGUUAGUGAUGAGAAAAAAAGGAAAGGCCUUGAUCUGAAGAGGAGGAUCGCAGAUAUUAAAGCUGGAGAUGGUAGAUGGUUUACAUGGCACAAGUGGACACCCAAGCUUGUGAGAACACAAUGACUCAAAAUAUGGAUGAGAUGUUCCUCGUUAUGACUUUAACAUCCAGAGAUAUUAGCAAAAACAGCAACAGCUGAAAUGCCACUUGAGUUGCUGUUUACCAUACAAUUCAGAGAACAUGAUAGCUAAAAACAGGCGACUUGGCAAACCUAAUGCUAUCAUCACUAAAUAGUUCAGCAUUACAUGUUUUCACAAGAGCUGGAAAAUGAAAACUGAAGCAGUCCUUUUUGAAGUAGAAAUAUUGGUGUACAGUUUAACAUGGAAUUCGCAUUUUUGCUGACUGAAUUUUGAGUUGUUUCUAGUGCCAAAUAAGAAUUUUAAGGAGGUGCAUGUAGCUUAUUGGUUCCUGUGUUUGCAAGAUUUGCACCCUGUAUGCAUCUCUCUGAUGAACUUAAUUAUUUUUCUGCACUGACACAGCUGAUAUGUAAAGUUCCCUUUUCAGUACUA